GGGCAGCUCCCCGCCCGCCUACGCCUACCGCCUGGACCCGGUCCCGGGGUGCCGCCCCUUUCCCGGUCCUUUACCCUCACCUGAGCGCUCGCUCCCUGGGCCGACGCCUUACUCCCCUUUCCUCCCUCGUUCCUCGGUGACAUUUCGCUCCUCUCCCCACGCUUCCUAACGCAGACCAAAGCCACUCAAGUAACGGAGUGGCCGAUCCCAUGCCGUUCCCGAUUCUGCCUCUUACAGCUCUCACCCCUCCAGUGCCGACGGUAGAGAAAGACUACUCGAGGGGCUUCCUCCUCACUGGGGAGUUGCCGGAAAGAGCAAUCCAAAAAGGCGCUCGUGUAGUCUCCACAAUAAACACAUCUGAAUUCAUGAUGGCAUCGACAGAGGCUCUUAUUGGAUUAAAAGUUUCAAAACAAACAAAAACGCUUUGGAAAAAGCAGGGUUGAAUGCCUGCCUGUAUCCUCAGGCACGACCAUGGAGAAAGGUGGGAACAUACAACUGGAGAUCCCUGACUUCAGCAAUUCUGUUCUGAGCCAUCUAAACCAGCUGCGCAUGCAAGGCCGUCUCUGUGAUAUUGUGGUCAAUGUGCAAGGACAAGCUUUUCAGGCUCACAAAGUGGUACUGGCUGCCAGUUCCCCCUAUUUCCGGGAUCACAUGUCCUUGAAUGAGAUGAGUACUGUCUCCAUUUCAGUCAUCAAGAACCCUACUGUUUUUGAACAGCUACUUUCUUUCUGUUAUACAGGGCGAAUAUGCCUGCAACUGGCAGAUAUCAUCAGCUACCUGACAGCUGCCAGUUUUCUGCAGAUGCAGCAUAUCAUAGACAAAUGUACACAGAUCCUGGAGGGCAUUCAUUUCAAAAUUAACGUGACUGAGGUUGAAGCUGAAUUAAGUCAAACGCGGACAAAGCAUCAAGAGAGACCUCCAGAGUCUCACAGGGUUACACCGAAUCUAAACCGCUCCCUUAGCCCACGACAUAAUACUCCAAAGGGAAACUGGCGAGGUCAGGUUAGUGCUGUGCUGGAUAUCAGGGAGCUGAGUCCCCCUGAGGAGUCCACCAGUCCUCAGAUAAUUGAACAGAGUUCUGAUGUAGAGAGCCGGGAGCCCAUUCUUCGGAUCAACCGAGCAGGACAGUGGUACGUGGAGACAGGAGUAGUAGACCGGGGGAUCCGGAGUGAGGAUGAAGUUAGGGUUCUUGGAGCAGUACAUAUCAAAACUGAAAAUCUGGAGGAGUGGCUUGGGCCUGAGAAUCAGCCUUCUGGAGAAGAUGGAAGUAGUGCAGAGGAGGUCACAGCCAUGGUGAUUGACACCACAGGCCAUGGUUCUGUAGGACAGGAAAAUUACACCUUAGGGUUUUCCGGAGCCAAGGUGGCAACGAGCAGUGAAAUUGACAGAUUUAGCCCUUCCGGCAGUAUUGUUCCCUUGGUGGAGAGACACAGAGCCAGAAGUGAGUCUCCUGGGAGAAUGGAUGAGCCUAAGCAGCCCAGCUCCCAGGUGGAAGAGUCAGCAAUGAUGGGAGUAAGUGGCUAUGUGGAAUACCUCCGAGAGCAGGAAGUAUCUGAGCGGUGGUUCCGCUACAACCCCCGUCUUACCUGUAUCUACUGCGCCAAAUCUUUCAAUCAGAAGGGGAGCCUGGACCGCCACAUGCGCCUGCACAUGGGGAUCACACCAUUUGUCUGCCGCAUGUGUGGCAAGAAGUAUACCCGGAAAGAUCAGCUGGAGUAUCACAUCCGCAAGCACACAGGCAACAAGCCCUUUCAUUGUCAUGUUUGUGGCAAAAGUUUCCCCUUCCAGGCCAUCUUGAAUCAGCACUUUCGCAAAAACCACCCUGGCUGUGUACCCCUGGAGGGGCCUCACAGUAUCUCUCCUGAAACAACUGUCACAUCUCGAGGACAAGCUGAGGAAGAAUCACCUUCACAGGAAGAGACAGUUGCCCCUGGAGAAAUAGCCCAGGGCUCUGUGUCCACCACUGGGCCAGAUUGAAGCAUCGAGGGGGAGGGGGCAGACCCUCUUCCCCUCUGGGCCAUAAGCAGCCAGUAUUAGGGCCACGGGCUGGUACUUAGAUUCACAAAAUGCCACAUCACCAGACUGGAAGAAGCUUCCAAGAUGUUGCCAAACUAGAGGAUCAGCAACAUACACAAAAGCACUAAAGGUUCUUCCCUUCCUCCUUCCCAACCUCACACUUUGGAAAAUAAUCAAGGAAGUCGACUUUCUAAUUCAGGGAUCAACAGCCUUGGUUUGUUAACUUUAUAAGAAAAAAAGUUUUUUUAGCAAAACAGUGGUAAAUGCUCAUUUAUCUACCGGUCAUGUUUGAACACUGGACUUUGGUCCAUAUCAUCUUGAUGGCUGUAAUUGCCCAGAUUUAAAAAAUGCAGCAGGAGCCUUGGUCAUCUGAACCAGCCAGCCAUAGGAGAGGAGGAGGUAGUCCUGAUGGUGAUAAUGAGGAGGAAUUUCUCUUCUUCCUUCCCUGUCAAAAAGUGCAAUUUACUAUUUCAAGAAAGAAAUUGAUCCUGGUGGUCCUUAUUGCUUUGAAAUGUUAGACUUUAUCUUUGCCCUGGCUAGGGAGCUAAUAUUUUGUCUGAUUGUUUCAUGUAAGCAGCCAUCUUGGAGCAGUAUUCUAGUGGGCAGCAUCACCUGAAGAGCUUUAAGCAACUGGAAGUAAAUGAGCAGCAGAAUAUGCACUGGGCAUUGCUACAUUUGGGGGCUUGAGUGUUGUGUUGAGGAAGAGGGAAGCAGGGAAGGAAAUGUUCUUAUGUUUUGCAAAUGUUGAACAGUACAGAGCCAUACUGCAACUUCCUGACUGGUAUUUGUAAACCAUAGUGCUCAGACGUCUUCAAAUGUUAGGAAAUGGCUCUAGUCCAGAUGAAGUAAUGUGUUAGGCUGACUACCAAAGUUUCAUCCCGUCUCUUCGGCUCCUAGUUUCACAUAACAGCAAUAUGGUACAUCAAAAUGUCAUUUCCAGUGCAGUGAGCCUGGAUUGUAUUUUUAAAUCCACAGGUCUCUACAUUUGAUAACUUUUAUAUGAAGUUUUAAACACAUUUUUUCUGCAGUAUUGUGGUUGAAGAAAUUCAGCACUAUGGUUCUUAUUGCAACCACAAUUCCAUUUCUUUCUACAUACGUUAUAAUUUAUAUUUUCAGUCCAAUAGAAGAACCUCGCUAAAUCUGUGUCUCGGGUCUGCAAAUCUUGUGAUUCAUAAGCCAACCAUCAGCAAGUUGCUGAUGACUCCAGGAGCUUUGCUUUUUAAUAAUACGCUACAGGGCAUUUACCAGAAAACAUCAUGCACAAUCAUGUUGCAAUAAAUGACCAAGGGAUCAGUUUUGAUCUGGUUUGGUUACUUACUCAUUCCUAAGAUUUUUUAAACUUCAAGGGACCUUUUUGGUAAUUCUAGGUACUUCUAAGAUUCUUACUCCAGCACUGAGAGUCAGGAAGAACCAAACAAGUAGAGCUUCGGAUGUCCUGUCUUGCAUACAGAGGGAGAAGGAGGAAUAUUAAGGGAUGCAGGCAAGUCAAUGCUUACAAGUUACAGUGCAAAUAGAAAAGAAAAAAAAUCUCUAGCUUCUCUUGAUUAAUUGUUGAUUCUUUUAAAGAGUAUUUAAAUAUGUAGUUAAGAAAUUGUUUUGGUGCAGAGGCACAGAUGAUUUAAAAGAGUCUUGAGAGAGGGGCUAGUCGUGCCUGCAGCGUGAGCCAUUUGUGAGAAUGCUAGUUGUAGGCACUCUUCUGAGAAUGCUUUGUGGUAUGUGGAGAGGUGGAAAAGAGUGGUGUUCCUUUGAUGAUAAGUUAAAAUGCAAAGAGUAGCUAAGAGCCUACCUUUAAAGGUAGUGCUGGGGCUACAUUUUGUCUUUAAGAGACAAAGACUGGGGCAUUCUCUUUCGAUGGGCAACAGCGUGAUAGAUUAAAAAUGUCUUCAGGGGCUAUGUUAGGGACCAGCUGUGCUCUGUGGCAUAAAAAAGAUUGAAUUUAAAUUAGACUCAGAUCCUUAGGGAAGCAUUUCAGCUGGUACUCGAGUCUCUCAAUGGUCAGGUUUUGCCAUUACUGAAAAGGCAGGGAGGUGAGAAGUAUAAACUGCUGCUUGGAUGGAGCUUUUAAGCGUACCAAAAAUAUUUAAGUCCAUCCUACUUUUGAGAAAUAGUAUGCUGAAAAGUUCUUUAUUUGCUUUGUUAGUUUCUUAGAAGAUUAUAUGUGAGAAAAUAGAGGUUUUUAAACUAUUAACAAAUUGUAAAAGUGGAGUGCAGUAAUUUCUGUAAAGAGAAACUUUGCAGCAUUUGUCAAUACUCCAUCCAGGUUUAGCAACAAACGUCUUAAAUGCAGUAGGGACUGUGUAAUUCAUGUGCAAAUGCUCUGAGUGUUUGGUGGGUUCCUCCUCCCUUUUCUUCACUUCUAAUAGGUUUUUACUGUAUUGAUACUGUGAAUAGAGUGCUUCCCAGUCAUCUAGGGCCACGUCGACAUAGUCGUGUUUGCUGGUUCUCUCUUAGUUGGCCUAGCCAGAGCCAUGAAGUUCAUGAAAAUUCAAGCCAGGCUAGCUUUUAAACAAAUUAAAGUUUCAGAAAGUAAUUUCCCUGUUUUAGUUAGAUACUGUUAGUUCUAAAUAACUAUCCAAGAUUUUUAUGCAGGUUCACUGUGACAUUGCCCUAGUUCUUAGCUAACAUCACUGUAGUAUCAUAGGAGUUAGUAGUAUUUUAGCUGCAUCAAUGAAUAGCUAUAUUGGUGUGUGCAUGGCGGAUACCUCUCUUAAGGAUGAACUUAAGCAGAUGCUGAAAACUGAUUACCAAAUCUUAACUUGCACGUGUCACCUUGUGAAGGGGACUACAUUAGCAAUGAGAGCUUAAUUAUCAUUAAAUACUUUAAUGCCGUGAAAUUGCAAGCACUGGGACUGUUCUCAUUCAUUGAGUGACACUUAAUAGCAAAAAAAGCUACCCAGUAUUCUCAGCAAAAGAAGAGAGAUGACAGUAUGUUAAUCUAUUUUCAUUCCGAGGUGCAUCUUUUAUUCUCUCUGAAUGCUGAUCUUAUUACCAGUAUAAAAUACAGCAUUGGCGUGAACGGUAACACUGUACUUAGGCAGAAAGGCUCUUUCUAAUGACUUGUUCUUGCUUUACUCAGAACCAUAUUUACCUCUGAACUUAGGUGAGUUUUAUUUUGUGUAAAUUGUAAACUACCCCAAGCCAUUUUAUUAUACCAGAGUGCUAAAUCUAAUCUUGAAUAUGUAAAAACAAAGUAGUUAGUAAAGGAUAGAGUUGGAAAAGAAAGAAGAUACCAGUUAAGGAAAGUUUUCUUGUUACUGUUUUUUUUGUAUUUUUUGAUAUUUCCAGUUCCCUCUACAUCAAUGAAACAGGGUUUUCCAAAGAUGGUAUGACAAUAGAAAUACACUGUUUUAAAACAUUAUAAUGAAACAUAAUGACCUUUGUUGGAAGUGGACGGGUGUAAGAGUGAAAUAGUGAACUUCAUGCUUAAUAGCUGAGUAAUCUUUGGUCAGGAAAUAACUUUUUAAAAGUUUUAGCUGUUACUUGACACUAAUUGUGUUUCUUUUAACGGGUGAUAGCUACAUUUUGUUUGACUAGAAAAUCUAAUUUAAGGAAAUGUAAGCAAUGGAUAAUGGAAAGGAAAUUAAAUUGAACAGUGACAAAAGUAGUCUUAAUCACAGUGAAAAAGCUUUUAAUCAGGAAGAAGGAGUUGGAGUCCUGAAAGUUUUUCUUUUUUCAGACACAACAGACGUGAUUUUUUUUUUCCUUGUCCUCAAAUGCCUUUCCCUUUACUGGGUACUUAUGUGUUGAAGAAAUAGUAGAUGAGUCUUUACUAAACUCACUCUUUGAAAAUGGAGCUCUUAAGACAUGUGGGAGAAAGUGCAAAAUAUUGAAGUAUUCUGGCUGCUGAGAUUUAGAAAAGGGACAAGUAACCAAGUGAGCUAAAGCCCUUCACCUGGGAAGAUGCCCUUCAGCAAAAUAUAUCCCUAGGACUUAUAAAUUAGGUCAGGGUUUGGCAAACUUCAGCCCGUAGGCCAAAUCCUGAAGCCACCUGUUUGUGUAAAUAAAAUUAUACAUGAACAGGACCACGCCCAUCCAUUUAGGUGUUGUUUCUGGUUACUUUUCCCCUAUAACAUCAGAGUUCGAGUACUUGUGACAGAGAUCACAUAGCCUGCAAAGCCUAAAUAUUUGCUGCCUGGCACUUUACAGAAAAAGUUUUCCAACUUAGAUUUGAAUGAUUUACCACCACCACCACCACCACCACCUCCCGCACCACCACCACCUCCCCCCACCAUGUGUUGCUCAUGCCAUUUUGCCUUUAAAAUAUUUUGGUUGAAGAUUUUAAUUCAUACUGCCAUGUAUGCAUCAGUUUGUUGAAAGAGUUUGCUGUCUCUUUCUACAUCCUUUUCUCAUAAUCCUGCUCAUGCUCCCUUUUCACAAUUCCUAUUGCUUUAAAAGCAUUUACAAUAGGACUUAUGUAGGAGGGUAGUUAUAAACACGACAAGAUAAUUCUUAAAAAUAAUUUUCGUGCAUAAUAAUGUAUGAUUAAAUGAGUACUAUGUUUACAUAAAGUACCAUUAAAAAAAUAAUGUUUUGAUAAAUAAGUUUUGCCAUUCCUUUGAGUUAAAUUGAACUGGUUUACAUAAUGAAUUUAAUCCCACUAAGAUUAAACAGAGUACUGUUUUUCUAGAUUAGAAACCUCUACCCUUUCCCUGGAGUAUAAAUCUUCAGUUUACUUUCCUCAAGUAAACUCUCUGUGUUCCAUGUGGGGUAGUAAAACACCAAAUCUUUUUCCAUAAACCUCUCACCUUUUUUAUUUCUGGAUGUUUUCAUGUUUUAGAACAUUAUAUUGAAACAUCAGAGGAUUUCAAAUUCUUCUUGGACCUACAUUCCAAUUUCUGUUACUGUCUGUAAUUCUUCUAAAUAUAGAUUGGGCCAUCAUAUAUUUGUGAAUGUUCAUUCUUAUUUAUAUCAGAAUGUGGAAAAUAUGGAAAAUGUUGAAGGUGGUUAUAAACAGAAAUCCUUGCAAGAGGAGAAUAUAAUUACUCGCCAUUUGGAAAUAAUACAUGGACAUCUGAGUUAAAGCUUUCUUGUCCGUACUGAUACAAUGCAGUGAAUUUGAUUCUUACUUUAUGUGAGCUCUGUCAACUUAAAGUGUGGGUGAGUGACCUAGCAUCUUCACUAGGCAUUUUAUUCUUAAAGAUGCCUUCUUCUGGGUUGGAUAUCAGUAAGCUUUAGAUGAUAUACCCUCUGAGUGGCCAGUGAUUUUCAUCUCUAAAGUUCCAGAAUAUUUGCCCAGGUUAGAUCUCCCUUACGUUAGAGCACUUACACCCAUAGUAAUAGUGGGUUCUUGAGAUUUUAGUGUUUUUUCUGAUGAACCUGGGGUUCUGAUUAAUCUGGGAUAUAAGACUUAUGAAAGAAAUUGAAUUUAGAUAGCCCAGUGAAUCAUCUGCAUCCAGCUCUAUUUGACGUCUUGGUAGUGGAUGUCAUUUAAACGUGAAUACAUUGAAAGCAAGGUAUUGCCAAGCAUGAUUUCUUUGAUAAUUUUCAGUUUUAUUUUUUCCUUCUUAUUCUUAAAUGGUGCUUUUCCAAAGCUAGUCUUUUUACUUUGCAGUGAGUAGGUUUUCUUGCUCAGAGUAAGCCUGAGUUAGAUUUCAUGAGUAUGUUGAAACAUCUGAAUAAGUUAUAUCCCAAAGGAGGUAAUUAUUGAUAGGGACAGUGACACCAGAACCUGGAAGGUGUCUACAAUUAUCCAGACUAUUGGAGAGACAGACUAUCAUUUCUCUUAACUGUGACACACAGCAAAGACUCGGGAAGGCAAAUAUUACUUGAAAUCCACGUUAUCUUUAGAGGGCACAUGUAUAAAUACAUUUCUUAUCUCUUAUCUUUCCCAUUAUCUAUAUAACAGAAGUAACUCCCAUCUAAGCACAGUUAGGAGAGGCCCACUAGCUAAAAUGCUGGAAGCUUUAAACAAAGCUAAGUUAUAAAGACAGAGCAGUUAAUGGAAAAAACUUUUCUAAUUCUUGCUCCUUUCAUGUCUACUUAGUCUGGUUGUGGAGGCCAGAAUUCACCAUCUAGUUAAGAAGGGUAUAUAUGCAGCAUUUCAUAUGUCCAACAACACGAUUUAAUAUACUGUGAAUCUUGGAAUCUCGAUCCAUAGUUCCAGAAGUCAAAGUAUCUCAUGGAAAAAUGUUGCAGAUUCUGUGAAAUUACUUAUCUUAAGUGAUAAGUAAUUUGUUCCAUUAAGUAAAUAUUAAAUGCUUUUUGGUACAAGAUAGUGUGCUUGGAUUUUGUAUAACAAAAGUGGCUUUAGACAUACUUUAGAUGUGGCUUCCUGUACUUGAGAGUCCUAAACCCACUUGGUUAGAGUCUGAGUUGUAUGCUUUCAAAAAGCCUGCACUUUUCUCUACAAAGAUAAGAGAUCAAAAAGGGGGACAUAAUUAACUGUACUAAGUGCUUUACUAGCUUCCUCACAUUUAACCCUCAAAAUAAUCCUAAGAGGUAAUAACAGUAGAACUAAAAAUAGCUGACUUUUUUUUUUUUAAUACUUACUAUGUGCCAGGCACAGUUUUAUGUGCUUUACAUUGAUUAACUCACCUAAUUGUUAUGACAACUCUAUGAGGCAGAUGCUGUCAUUAUCCUCAUUUUAGAGGGGAGGUUGCCCUGGGCAGUCUUAAUACUAGAGUGGACACUCUUAAUAGACUGUGUUGCCUCUGGUAGGUGUAACUAUACCACAUUUUAUAGAUCAGGAAACUGAUGAGCCCAAGGUUAUACAAAAAAAUAAAAUGCCAAGCCAGUAUUUACUGAUCUGAUUCUAAAGCCUAGACUAUCCUCACCACAUCCCAUUUACUCUAUCAUAGAGAAUUGUGGUGAACUGGAAUAUACAAUAGCUAGUAAACAGUACUGCUUUUGGAAAACUUUAAGUGAUGGGAAGACUUCAAAAGAUGAUGCAGUUGAUCUCUAAGCAGAAGUUGAAUGGGGAAUAUUUUCUGGGAAUAGUGCCACUGAUUGAUUUGGUAGGUCUAAUUGUGAGUGAGUGAGUUACUACCAAGGCAAAAAUUGAAAGACAGUGUUCCAUUUUUGUGUUGCCAUACUUCAAAUUACACCAAACCAUAGUAACUUAAAACAACAACCAUUUUAUUAUAUCUCAAGAUUUUGUGAAUCCAUUUCAGGAAGGGCUUGUCUGGGCAAUUCUUUUGAUUCUUGUGGUGACGACUCAGAUCACUUGGUAGUAUUCAGCUGGUAGUUGCACUGGUCUUGAUGGUGAAAGACGAUCUCACUCGUGUAUCUGAACCUUGACGGGGAGAGGUAGAAGGCUGGGCUCCUCUCCCCCUCCAUGGAGUCUUUUCAUCAGGGUAGUUGGACUUCUUACAUAGCAGCUCUGGGCUCCAAGAGGCUAAGGCAGAAGAUGUUAGUCCUCUUAAAGGCCAGGCCCAGAACUGUCAUAGAGUCACCACCAUACAUUAUUGUCAAAGCAGUCUCUGGUCAGCCCAGAUUCAAGGGGAAAGGAAAGACCCUACCAUUUGAUGGGAGGAGUGUCAAGAGUUUGUGGCUAUCUUUAAUCUGUUACAGAGAUCUUCUGAUUUGUUUUAUCUUGACUCUUCUGUGUUCUUCAUUUAGAUCAGAUGUUUGUGCCAUAGAAACCAUUUAUUAUAGAUAUUAUUGUAUAUGUUAGUAUAUAUAUUAUGGGUCAGUAAAGGAGCUAGAAAGAGAAUGAGACAAAUAUCCUGGGACAGAUUUCAUUAGCUACUUCCCCAGUUUCAUUUAUCUUACAGCAAAUUUUUUUUUUUUUUUUUUUUAUGCACUGUGUUCUACAUUGUGAACAUUUGCCUAUCUUUUCUGUGAAGCCACAGUAACUGUACAUGCUGAGCCAGAAAUAUUCCAGAGGGAACAAAGAGCUUGCUGUUAGAGAACCUGAGAGACAUUAGCUGUAUUUUAAGUUUACAAAUAGGUGAAAACUCGUGUGGUAUGAAAAAUUUGUUUGGCUACUAAAUCUCUUGGAACAGGAGUUUCGACUGUGUGGCUAAAAUGGAUCAUAUUCUUGAAAUGAUUGAAAGUUUUACCUGUUUAAUUUAGUCCAGUCUCUACUGCCACUGUACAUCCUCCAGCACAGUUCUGAGCUAAAAGAUGAAUCGGUUCAUCCCACUCUUAUUUCCUAUGGGAAAAUCCAUUCCCCAAUUUUAUAUGAUGUUAAUCUUUAAAAAUUAGCAUAUGCUACCAGCCUCUUUCAUCUAAAACAACAGAUCAUUGAGGUUUUAUGAUUUUUGGUUAGAUUUGUCAGAUUUGCCUUAUUUAAUUCCUGAUGACUUGUAAUAAUUAGACUGCCUUGAGAAGAAAUAGGGGCAGAAAAUGAAAUUCUACUCUACAAAUACCCACUGCCGUCAAGUCGAUUCUGACUCAUAGCAACCCUAUAGGGCAGAGUAGAACUGCCCCAUAGGCUUCCCAAGGCUGUAAAUCUUUACAGAAGCAGACUGCUACAUCUUUCUCCUGGGAAGUGGCUGAUGAGUUUGAACUGCCAACCUUUUGGUUAGCAGUUGAGUGCUUUAAACACUGUGCCACCAGGUCUCCUUACUCUACAAAUGGUCAUCCCCAAAUCAAUAUAUUUGGUAGAAUCAAUAUAUUCUACCUCCCACUAAAGGCUAAGCAUAUUCAAGAAAGCUUUGGGUUUAUCCAUUCCAUAUGCAGUGAAUUCUUGGAGAAUUAGCCAUGAGAGAGUCUUGCUGGUCAUCCCCAAUAAUCAUCUAGUAAAAAGAUCUCUGUUCUUGGGUCAGGCUUAACCAAAAAAACCAAACUCGUUGCCAUCAAGUCAAUUCCGACUCAUAGUGACCCUGUGGGGUCAGGCCUUAGGAGUUGUAAAUACUGAAUAUAAAAAGGGCACACAGGGCCAAAGACUUAAGUUAGGGUUGUUCUGCAAAAUGCUAUAAUGAAGGGAAAAAGACUACAUUGGCUGCUGUAGUUGGAUAACCAGGGAUGGAUGAGGUGUUUGAGGUAUUUAGGCAUAAAGAUUAAUUAGAUUUUUCAUAUAAAGAUUGGGACAAAUUUUAAUUAAUAAAAAUAUGCCUUAAAAUUUUCUCAUUUAUCUGCAUAUCCACUCUCAUGUGAUCUACUUACCUCAAAGUCUGCCCUUUGUGGACAGAGAAAGCCUUUGAAAAUAUAUUCCCUGGCAAUGAGAAAUGUUAUUACAAUAAUCUAUGGAGAUGUCUCUUAUUUUGUAUUAUAUAUAGCUCUUUGGUCUCUCCUGUAACUCCUUUGUGAAUUUUACAUUUGAAAUCAUCUGUUGGUUAUACAAAAAUUAGUUUUAAGGUCUUGAAUUACAAAAGAGAACAAGUUUAGAAAAAAGGGAACGUUGUAAAUUGACAAAACAUUCUUUCUUUUCAGCAUCACAAGUCUAAACCGUUUCAAGCUAAUCACAAUGCCUUGAGUGAGGUUUAGAUUUCUGCUUUCAGCCACAUCUUAAUGUAGAUGUUUAUGACAUAUUUUAAAUUGAUCUACUGAGUUUCCAUUAGAGUAAUAGAAUCCUAACUGUAGUGGCUCUUUAAGUACCGCUGAAAAACAAAAUUACAAGAUAGGGAACAAAGCUUAAAAUAUGUGUCCUCUAUAAGCCAAGAUACUAAAACAGGAUCACUAAGAGUGUGACUGAAAUCCACCUCUAGAAUGGCUAUCAGUCAGAUAGCAAACAUAUUUAGAAUUUGUAUGGUAUUUCUGAUAUUUUUAAAAAUAAUUUUAAAUCAGUAACUUGAAUUUUUAAAGAAUGAGCCUUUUGGGUUUUUUUGAAACUAGCCCAAUAAAAAUAACACUAAUAUAAAUAAUUAUAUAUGGAUGUGUAUUGAACAGAGUGGUAUGGUAAAGAUAGUUCUUGCAGAUAACUUUUGUGGGAAGUUUGACUAUUUUCUUAAUAUCUUUUUUUCAUAAAUUUAUGUUUAUAAAUGUAUUUACUCAUCCACUGUGACCUUGGUAGCACAGAAGCAUUUUGUUAGGUGUAUCAUUGGUUCUGAAAAUCAAAUUCUUGGCAUAGUAAACUAUGAGCUUUUUGUUGCUUUGUAUUUUGGCUAAAAGAAUUAUUUCUGUGCACUUUCUAUUUAUAAAGAUGUUGUAACAAUGCACCCACUUAGUGCAGCUGUUCUUUAGAGACAAAAGAUUUAGGUGUUAAAGUGAAAUGGGUGUUUAAAAACCUGGCAAAAGGGAGGGACCUCAAAAUAAUACUUCUGGCUUGCAUCUACCUGGGCUGGGGAAUAAUAUAAAAUUUAUGUUGAAAGUAGCUGUGGGGAUAGGUGUGCUAUUGCUGUGCAUUGCAGUAUUGCUAUGAGUUGCCAGCUAUGUGUGAGCUUAUGUGUAUAUGUGAGAAAAAGAUGUUUGAUGAAGUCAGUGCAGAAUAUUCUACCUCCCACUAAAGACCGAGCAUAUUCCAAGAUUGUCCUGUAGCCCCUUGGGUGGGAGGCUAGAUGCCUCAGUCACUGUCCUCCCCAUUUUCUUCUACACUCACUUCAGCUCCUCUACCUCCGAGCACUUGACUGAAGAAAGAAUAUAGCUUUCUGUACCAAGUAAAGGGAAACUAGACCCAAGAUAGAGAGUCCUGAGAUACCUGAAAUUCUCUUUGUUAUGCUCUGAUGUUAAUGUUUGGUUUUGUUGUCCAAACCAGUGUCAGAACCCUUGGGUUUAGUGCUUUUAUCCAUUGGCUUCUAUUUGGCAAGAGUAAUCAGUGGAGGUGGAAUCUUUGUUUGUUUUUAAUGAUGUACCUAACUCCUUUAUGUAGGAAUCAACUCAGCAGCACACAACAACAACCCACUCCUUUUAAAUGUGAAAAAACUUGUUUUGAACCCCCAAUUUUUAUUUUCAGUUGUCAUUUACGGUCCAUUUUGGGGGAAACUGGGAUAUUAACCGUAUUUUCCUGAUAGUGAGCCUUCUGCCCAUAUCUUACAUGCAGGUAUGUAAGGUAUGGAUUUUCAGAUGACCUGUUUUGCUUUUGAUCACUCCACAGAGAGAAAUUCUUGUUUUUAAUGUCAGUACUGUUGUGAUAGUCAGGAUGGCCUCUAUUGAAUGUUGUGAGUAUCAGAAGAUUCUGUUUCAGUAGUAAAAUGCCACUAUGCAGGACACCUAGUCUUUAAAUCCAGUUGCCAUAGCAUUCAACUGAUUUUCCAUUUAGGGCACUAGUAAGUACACUGAGCCAAGUUGGGUUACUUAUUUGAACAUUUGUACAGCUGAGGAAGGACUGUUGGCCCUUUAACAGUUAUCCUGGAAUGCUUUUCAUUCUAAUGCUCUGGCUAGUUGUAAUGUCUCAACAAGAAUUCUCUGGUUAGGAGUGAAAAUGAGAGAAUGAUUCAUUUUCAGAUUUUUAGAGGUUGGUGCCUAUGUCUUAAGUACUAGCUGAUAAGUAGUAAUUUUCUUCCUGGUGACUUAGGGUAGGGGGAAUGACAGUACUGAGAAUGUGAAAUUCCAAAAACUGAGACAAGCAUUACUCAUAGGACAACUUAUAUAGUAACUUCUGCCCAAAUACAGUAUGAAUCCUAUAGGGAGAUGAGUGGUAAAACCAUAUGAGUCUAUUUAUCACAACUAUAUUUUUUUCGAACUGUAGAAUAGUUCUCAGCCUAUAAGCCAUGCUAUUAUCCUACGCUCAGGAAUUAACUCCUGCUUAGAAAAAUUCUUCCUCUGGCUUGUUUUGUUUGUGCUCAGAGACAUUGUCUUGUCCUAGGUCUGCUGCCAGAUGCUUUAUUGUUGUAACACAUACUUAAGGUGCAGUCUUACUUAAGUCAUUAAUUUACUGUUGUUGUUGUCGCUGCCUAUUACAGCCAAAGUGAUUUAUUUAAAAACAAUACUAACAAAAAAGUGAGAAAUGUCUAGGUAAUUUCAUGGGGACAUGUUAAAUCCUCUAGUCUAGAAGGAAGCCAUGGAGUCUCACCUUCCCUCUGACUUAGAUAAGCACUUGUCUUCAUUUUUUCUGUUUCAGAACCAGUUGACCUAGGUCAAUGGUUAUCAUCCUAGCUGCACAUUAAAAUCAUCUGGGGUACUUUAAAAAGUACUGAUGCCUGGGGCCCACCUCCAGACUUUAGGAUUUAAUUGGUCUACUAUGCAACCUGGGCUUUAAAAGUUGCCCAGAUGAUUCUAAUGUGCAGCCAAGGUUGAGAAUCACCACCUAGGUAAUCCUUAGUGGUCUUGGUUCUCUUUUUGGUAUAAGACAUCUUUAUUGGUAUCACAGGCACUGGCUCUGAAUUUAAAGUUUUUAAUAGGCUAAGACUUGGGUGGUAAAGUGAAUCAUCUAUCCUCAGAAUAAUUCUGGAGGUAGAUACUGCCAUCCACCCAGUUUUCUCUAUAUACCAAAUACAAAGUAUGUGUAAGUAAGCAAAACUUAAUUUUCAAAGUCCCAUCUCUAGAAUCCUCUGCUUUGUAUAUAUGUGAUAUAAGUAGCAGUUUCUCAGCUCUGCUAGAUGAAAUAGAGUACCUGAAAUUCUUAAAAGCCCAACCCUCCUGGAGUGAUUUCCAUUUGUAAAAUAAACAGGUAGUAGUGUUAAAGUUAAUGGAGAAGAAAAGGAUCUUGCCUGAGGUGACCAAGAUACAUUUGAUUAUUUGUGUCUUAGCCUGUCUUCUAAGUGAGAUUCCAGUGUGAAGUGACUUUCACUUUUCCUUGAUUGUUUCUUUGUGAAUGAAAUGCACUAACUACAGCCUAAAUACUUCUGAAGUUUAUAUGAAAUGUGAAAUGAGUCAUUUUAGCAUCUUUGUUCCAGGAUGUCAAAGACCUAGCUCAGUAAUUCCCAAAUGAGGUUCUAUAUCUUCCAUUCUUCCCAUUCCAGGUAGUAAAGAUAUUUUAAUGACCACCAUAGUUUAAAUCUCCUGAGCCCCUUACCUGCCCAUUCAGCCUCACACUUGGUACUAGGCAGGGGAGAAUUGUUCCAUUACCCUUAAAAAGUAAGAAUCACUGUUCAAAUUAACUAGCUACAAUGUGACUUCUAAUUCAUGAGAGAAAUUUGUGUUUGAGAGCAAGUUCAAAUAUAGCCCUCUCUCUUAUGAGGGAAUUCUUGACACCGUAGAAAUGUUCAUUCAUAUAUUGCCUACAAAUAAUUGUUAAUUUGAACUUCAAAUAGGUGAUAUGUGUGAGAAGAAAAAGUGGAGGUCAAGGAAAAGGUUGGUUAGUGCAGAUGACCUAUUUAGCAUCAGGCUAUGACAUUUCAUUAAAGUAGCAUAAAGGCCUGGCUGUUUGCUUAGCGUGUAAAUGCUGCAAUGUCAGUUAGAGAGAAUGCCUUCUAUGCCUUAGAAAAUUCACGGAAAGCUUCCUGUUAUUGGGUGGAGUAAAGAGGCAAUAAUAGCCUUUGGGACUUGUAUGCAUCCAGGAAGAAUAGCUAACUCCUUAAGGUUUUCGUACUGAAGAACAUUGUGGAAUACUGUGAAACUUUGUUGAACUUUAUGCAAUCAUACGGCACUGGAUUUUAAGAUUUUUGAGAGUAGAGUGGAGGAAGAGGAUGAGGAAGUAAUGGUAAAAGAAAUAUAUGAACUUGUCCUUUAUUUUAAGCAAGAAAUGAAACAAAUUCGCUAGCAGAACUGUGAAGUUCAGUCAAGUUCUUCUGCCUUACUGGGUUGGCUUGCUGAUUCCUCUUAAACGUCUAGAAAACCCUUUCUGAAACAGCUAAACAAAGCUAAGUCUGACUAAGUUUCACCACCAUGUCCCUUUCCCCUACCCUCAACAAAAGAAAAAUAUUCUCAAACUACAGGCGAAAGAAAUGUAUUCGGUCUCAUUCCAUUAACUUUUCGUCUGCUAUGAUCUGUGUUCACAGUUUUAGCCCAUUAUUUUGUGAUCUGAUGGCAGAACUUAAAUGGAUCUGCCAGUUCAGUUAGGAACCAAUGGCUUGUCCUUUAGAUAAUCUUAAAAUCGAACUCUGAAUUUAGCAUGUUAGGAUAAGUGAGUAAAGGGAGAAGUACAUUGGAGGAGCACUUAGAUUUCCUGGCUCUUCAUAAUUUCAGGGUGGGACCCACUCAUGCUCUGCCUCUGAGAGGAGAAGGCUGAGGGUUCAAAGAUAGAAAAGUCAAUGUAGCAGAAAUUUGAUUUCCUUCAGAUGGACACUGUCUGAAAGAAAUCUAGCCAACUGUGCUCUAUGGUGCUUAUAUGAUGGGUGACAGCUGUCCCCAUCUACCUGUCCCUGGCACUGUGCCUCCCCACUGGUCACUGUGAAAAAUAGAUCACACUGGACUUGGAGGCCAGAAUCCAGGACAAGUUUCCCCUUCUCAUCUUGAGCCCGUCACUUUUUCAUAUAGUACAUGUAGCAUUUACUUCUCCUUGGAAAACUCUUGAGUUUUUUUCUCAAGAAAUAAUGAAGCAUUUAAUGGAAAAUAGUCAGAAAAUAAGAUUCUGGUGGUAGCUAUCAAAUGAAGAGAUCAUAGGAGAAUUUUACUUCCCCUAAGCUGGUGGUAUUGAUUGAUAGCAAGGAUCAACUGUGCCUGCCUCUUCCUGAGUUUUUAAAGGCAUAAUGUUUAUAAGCAACAGACUUAUCUAACAACAUUUUUUCACAACUUGCUAAUCAAGAAGGAUUCAUAUUAAAACAGACAAUCAGUUUCUAAAAUGUUGUCAUCCCUGAAAGGGAAUGGGAUAGAGUAUUUUUAACUGGUAGAACUUACCAGUCUGUUUUUUCCCUUUGAAAAAAGCUAACAUUUGAAGUUUGUAUCUUUCAUCUGAAGCAAUUACUCCAUUAACAAAGAUGUAUCAGAAACAUCAGUGAGCCAGUAUAGCA